AUGUUGGGACUGAGAGCUGCUAAAUCACAAGUUGUCCUCAAUAAACUUAAAGGAACUGCAUUUUUGAACCCUCUUAUUAAAAAUGCACGUAAUGCAUCCACGGAUCUGGAUCCAGAGUGGGAAAAGAUGGCUACAAAACAGUUAAAGGGAAAAGAUCCCCACAAACUCAUUUUCCCGACUUACGAAGGAAUUCCAUACAAACCCGUGUACACCGUGUCCGACACGGCCAACCUUAAAGGUGAAUUGCCUGGCAAAUUUCCGUUCACUCGUGGUCCUUACCCAACGAUGUACACUCAACGACCAUGGACUAUUCGACAGUAUGCCGGUUUCUCGACCGUUGAAGAGAGUAACAAAUUCUACAAGGACAAUAUUAAGGCAGGUGUCCAAGGCUUGAGCGUUGCAUUCGAUUUGGCCACACAUCGCGGUUAUGACUCAGACAAUCCUCGCGUGUUCGGUGAUGUAGGUAUGGCUGGCGUUGCGAUUGACUCGGUUGAGGAUAUGAAGCGUCUCUUCGAGGGUAUCGAAUUAAAGAACAUCAGUACUUCAAUGACAAUGAACGGUGCUGUCCUGCCGGUCCUUGCUAUGUUUAUCGUAGCUGCUGAAGAACAGGGUGCUAGUCAAAAGGAAUUGGCUGGUACGAUCCAAAACGAUAUUCUCAAAGAAUUCAUGGUUCGAAAUACCUACAUCUUCCCUCCCACUCCAUCAAUGCGCAUCAUCGCUGACAUUUUCGCCUACACAGCAGCCAAUAUGCCCAAAUUCAACUCCAUUUCAAUCUCUGGCUACCACAUGCAAGAAGCUGGCGCUAACAACGUCCUUGAAAUGGCAUACACCAUCGCUGACGGUAUUGAUUAUUGUAGACUGGGCGUUGAGCACGCUGGACUCAACAUCGAUAAGUUUGCUCCUCGUCUCUCCUUCUUCUGGGGCAUUGGAAUGAACUUCUAUAUGGAAAUUGCCAAAAUGCGGGCCGCCCGACGUCUGUGGGCGAAACUCAUCAAGGAGAAGUUCAAUGCAAAGAACGAAAAGUCCCUUCUCCUGCGAACACACAGUCAGACCUCCGGUUGGUCUCUCACAGAACAGGAUCCAUACAACAAUAUCAUUCGAACAACCAUCGAAGCCAUGGCAGCAGUGUUUGGUGGCACCCAGUCCCUGCACACCAACUCCUUCGAUGAGGCCCUCGGUCUUCCCACCAAGUUUUCUGCACGUAUUGCGCGAAACACCCAAAUUAUUAUUCAAGAGGAAACUCACAUCACCCGUGUUGCUGACCCAUGGGCCGGCUCCUACAUGAUGGAGACUCUCACUGAACAGAUUUACAACGCAGCCCUCAAGGAGAUUGAAGAGGUCGAGUCAAUGGGUGGUAUGACCAAGGCUCUCGAAGCCGGCAUCCCGAAACUCCGCAUUGAAGAAUGCUCAGCAAAGCGACAGGCAGCUAUUGACUCCGGUGAUGAGGUCAUCGUGGGAGUGAACAAGUAUCGCCUGGAAAAAGAACAACGUGUGGAUGUUUUGGUUGUCGAUAACACCAAGGUCCGUGAAUCACAGAUUGCCAAACUGAAGGCCCUCCGCAGCUCACGUGACCCGAAGAAGCUGUUUCUGGCACUUUUACUUAACGCUGCGUCUGAAGACGAGCUGGGGCCCCAGCCUCGAAAAUCCACGCAAUAA